AUAUGCCAAUUAUUAUCUGUUUCCCCACAAUUCGGGCCCCAUUAUCUAUCCUUCUUUUGGGCCAUGAUUACGAUAUCAGGCACUCGCGUAUCUUUCCGAUAUCGGCCAUGUCUGUUGGACAAUUUAAAAACGGUAGCCCAUCUGGACUUCCAGUCCAAUCGAACGACAGUAAACGACGCGAGUACGCGAUAAAAUCAAAGCAAAUUAGAGUUCCUCUUAUUGGACAACAUUAUUUGAUAUUUAUUACUCUGAAAAUCAAAACAAGCUAAAAGUCUCAAAAUGGGUUGUCUAUCCGGAAUAGUCAACUUUAUUUUGUAUAUUGUCAACAUUGUGUUUUUGAUCGUUGGCAUUCUUCUGAUCGUGCUGGGCUCGAUCAUGUUGUCCGAUCUGAGUCACUUUGAUGCUGCUGGGGAUGGUACGAACACCAACACCAUCCCAAUUUGCGUCACCGUUCUGGGAGCCCUGAUCUUCAUAGUGUCCUUCUUCGGAUGCUACGGAAUCUUCAGGCAGAGUGCCUGCAUGACGGGAGCUUACACCAGCAUGGUUUUCGUCCUGUUCAUCCUUCAACUUGUGCUCACCUGUUGGGUGUUCGUAAAUCGAUCGGCAUUCCUGGGGGAUAUGGCUAAUCUGGUAAACUUGCUCUGGGACUCGAAGAGCUUUAGUGCAAUGGGCGUGCUGGAGGAAACCUUCGGCUGCUGCGGCGACACCAGCUAUACAAAUUACAAUACCAUCGGUGUUGCGAUUCCCGGAACCUGCUGCGGCUACUUGGAUCGCCAGACCACUUGUUCUACCCCUUCGGUCUACCAAUCGAGACCCGGUUGCAGUGCUAAGUUUGAGGAGUUUUGGGACAACAACAUGGACAUCAUCCGCUGGUCCGGCCUGGGCCUUUGCAUUUUCGAGCUGAUCGUCUUCCUGAUCGCCGGCGCCCUGACCAACUGUAUGCGCACCCAGAAUGCCGGGCGACAGGUGUACGCCUAGAUAUCGAGGGACCAAUAAAUAGAUUAUAACUUAUAACACCAUUACUUAUAAUAAACAUUUUAACAAGCGUUUUCGACUCCGAUAAA